AUACCAAGGAUUCUUUUUAUUCAAGUAUCUUUUCAUUAGCAAUUCUUUCUGCCUGGAAUACUCUUCCUUCAGAUCUUUCUAGGCUGUCUUCUUCUCAUCAUUCAGGCUUUAGCUCAAAGGAUUCUGCUUCGGGCAAGGCUUUUCUUAGUCCCCCUUGCCUAAACUUUUUUCCCCCCAGUAUUAUCACAUUAUUCUGUUUCACUUUUAUUAUUGCCUUUUUUUUCUUAUGAGAUGAUAGUGUAUUUGUUUGUUAGGUCCCCCCGCCCCCCUGCCACUAGAAUGUAAAGUCUAUAAGGGCAUGUGUGGCAUACCUGCUUCACCAUCAUAUUCCUAGCACUUAAAGCCAAGCCUGUCAUAUAGCUCAAUAAUUAUUAUUGCUCCAUAAAUAUUUUUUUAAUAAAUGGCUGAAAAUGCUGAUAGAAAAAUUCUUAUGGGAAUAUACAAAAUUAUAUUUAAAAACUUCAAAACAUGGGGUCACAUUUUAAAAAUUAGAAUAAAGCCAUAGGAUGAAAUGAGUUGAAAAUGUCAUCAGGCAGGAAAAAGGAAACCUAGCAAUGUAGCAGCCCCCAGUACUGAGGACUGAAGGGCAGUGGUAUUAGGACAGGAAUAGUUACACCACUUGAGGCCUUCACUCCAUGGCCAUACCUUGGGUCUUACCGUCAUCCCAAAGUGCCAUAUAUUUGAAAUCUUCCUCUAUGUUCUGCUUAAUUUCUUUUAAGAAUUCAGAUAUCAUUUCUUCCUCUAGAUGCCUUCCCUGAGCUCAGUCUCCAGGAAGAGUUAGGUUUACUGUACUUGGCUUGUUUAUAUCACGGUCAUUGCCAUUCACUAGUCUUCUCUCUACCGUCACCAGCUUCUAGCCUUUCUGAGAAUAGGGAUUGUGUCUAUGGUGCCAAACCCAUAACAGGUACUCAGCAACUGUUUUGCUGAAUGAAAGCAUAAAUAAAUAUGAAAUAUUGCAUAAGAACCAUUAGAACUGCUAAUGAAAAUUAUAAAAUGGAUUUGUCAGCAACAUAAGUAAGUUGAAGUAGUCUUUCAUAGAAUAAAGCAUUAAAUAAGGGUACUCUAGGCCAACUGGGUGGUGUGAUGUUAUGCACACUUAGGAAAUUAAGAAAACAUUGUUGGUGCCAAUAAGUCUGAGCACUGGCUUCCAACUGAUAUGUGGCUUGUCAUCUGAACAAGGUUUUCAUCACUCACUUGGGACUUUUUAUACAUUAUUUACCCUUUUUGAUAAACUUUUUUUCAAUAGCUGCUAUUCAGAUGGAUGCAUUUUCCAGUAACACCUGAUAUGCAUUUUAAAAUGUAGCUUUUAAUUGGUAUUGAUUGCCAGUAAGCCCAGUGAUAACUUUCAUUACUGUACUUUGAACUUUGUUGUUCUGCCCAAAAGAAAAUGGCAGCAAUCUUUUGGGCAUAUAAAUAUUUAAAAUUCUCUGUGUAGAGGCCCUGUUAGUUCCAUGGAUACUACUGUCAUAAUUUUAGCACUUAAAUACUCCUUAGGAUUGCUGUUUCAGGUAGUAUCCUGCUUCAAAUCUCUACAUAACUGCUAUGCAUAGCUUACCUAAAGGCUAGAUUAGUAGGUCUUUCAAAAGGUAAGUCAUGUAGUUGAAUGUAUUUUCGUUAAUAUUGUGGAAUUAUUUAUUGCCUCAUUUUCUGUCACCAAGGAGAUAAAACAGAGAAAGAGGAAUGAAUACUCAGGACAUAAGUGCUUAUCAGGUCCCCUCAGAUCUUCCUGAAAUGCGCAGCGUAUCACUGCUUUACUGGCUCGCAGCCUGGGAACUGGUUCAGACUUUUGCUGAAUCACAACCCUUCACCGCUGAGCAAUGACAAGAGAGGAAACAAAAAGUUAAAGGAGCAAGCCUGCCAUAAGUGAGGAGAUGCUUUGAAGCAAGUAUAUGCAUUUUAUGAAUGGAGACAUUAAUAAUAUGUGAGGGUGAGUUGAAGACCCAGACUGAAAAGGCGAGUAUUUUGACCUUAUCAGAGUAGUUAUUAAACUUGAUUAGCUUAUAGCGUAUGAAAAUGUGAAGAAAUAAACAUAACAUUAUGUGAUAACCCAUCCCAGACAUCAGUGAGGAGCAGGUGCAGGUCAUUUAAGGAAAAAAAAAAUUAUGAGAGUGUUAAUAUUGAGAAAAUGUUAUGAAGUUAAUUUAGUUGUUGCCGAGAUUGAGAAAAGAAUUUAAUAUGAUUUUAGUGGCAGAACACCUGUAGUGAGCUUGUGGCGUUACAUGGGAAUCUAGUUGAGAACCACUGAAUUAUCACACAAAAAAGUUCUCAAUCAGUAUAGAGUGUAAUAGUAAUAUUUUCCUAAAGGUUUUCAUAAGCUGUGUUGGUAUGUCAAUAAAGGGUUUAUAAGGAACACAGACCAGUUUAAAUAAACUACUGAAUGUUGUCUCACACCGUAUGGGGUAAAGUGAUGACAGCAUGACUAUGGAGAGUUAUGUAAACUAUGAGAAAGUCAUAAAAAUUUGAGUGGAGUGAAUUGAUCAAAUCGGUUUUAUUUUCCCUGAACUCUCUCUGUUUCUUCCAUCUCAUCAUCUGUAAUGAUAGACUGUAGGCUUCAGCUUCUUAAUGCCUCCAUACAUGACACACACCACCAGCCAUCGAUCCUCUCUUCCUUUGAGUCUCAGUGAGCCAUGAAUCCUAGCUGCCAACAUAAUCUGCAAUAAGCUGUCCAUAUGGAAAAUUAAAAUUGAUCCCUACUCCCCUCAUUUCAUAAACAGAAACAAAUUCUAUGUGGAAGAAAGACUCAACUGUGAAAAACAAUACUUUAAAAUAUUUGGAAACGGAUAUGUUUUUUAUCUUACAGUAAGACGGGAAUUUCUUUGACUUGGUAUAAACAGAGCAAACCGUAGAGAAGAUUAAUAAAUUCAACAGCAUUAAACUCAAAAGAAGACGUGUUAAUCAAAGGACACUGUAAAAGGAUAUCAUACAACUGUAGAUUCGCAGGCAUUCAGACACACUUACACAUAAAAGGACUCUUUCUGUGGAUUGGGUUUGCACUAUUUCUGAGGUGGUUCCUCAGGCCCCAGGAAAGUCUGCUGGUGUACUGUAUAGCUGGAGAGAAUCGGUGGCCCUAACGUAUGUGUACCCACAUGUGUCAGCAUCUAAACUGAACCCAGCCUGGAUCUUAUUAAAUAGCAACAGUAACUGCAGAAAGCCUCAGUAAGGGGACAUAUAUCCAUGUCUGGAGACGUGUUUGAUUUUUACGACUGGGAGGAGGUGCUACUGGCAUUUAAUGAGAGAAAAUGAUGGAUGCUGUUAAACAUCCUAAAAUGCACAGGACAGCCCCCCACAAAAAGAAUUAUCUGGCCCAAAAUAUUAAUAUUGCUGGGAUUGAGAAACCUGCCCUACCUAAAUGAUGCUUUCUACUGAUGAAACACUACUGAUUUGUAAUCUGUGGAUUGUGAAGAUACUGGAAAUUACCUGAAGAAAUGCUACAUUGAAGGAAACAAUCAUAUGUAGCAAACUUACUUGAUAACAUGCUUUUGCGAAGUUCAGGAAAGUUAAAUGUGGGCACCAAGAAAGAGGAUGGUGAGAGUACAGCCCCCACCCCUCGUCCAAAGAUCUUGCGUUGCAAAUGUCACCACCAUUGUCCAGAAGACUCAGUCAACAAUAUUUGCAGCACAGAUGGAUAUUGUUUCACAAUGAUAGAAGAAGAUGAUUCUGGGAUGCCUGUGGUCACUUCUGGAUGCCUAGGACUAGAAGGCUCAGAUUUUCAGUGCCGGGACACCCCCAUUCCUCAUCAGAGAAGAUCCAUUGAGUGCUGCACAGAGCGGAACGAGUGUAACAAAGACCUGCACCCUACGCUGCCUCCACUGAAGAGUAGAGAUUUUGUUGAUGGACCUAUACACCACAAGGCCUUACUUAUAUCUGUAACUGUCUGUAGUUUGCUAUUGGUCCUUAUUAUUUUAUUCUGUUACUUCAGGUAUAAAAGACAAGAAACCAGGCCUCGGUACAGCAUUGGGUUAGAACAGGACGAAACGUACAUUCCUCCUGGAGAAUCCCUGAGAGACUUAAUUGAGCAGUCUCAAAGCUCAGGAAGUGGAUCAGGCCUCCCUCUGCUGGUCCAAAGGACUAUAGCUAAGCAGAUUCAGAUGGUGAAACAGAUUGGAAAAGGUCGCUAUGGGGAAGUUUGGAUGGGAAAGUGGCGUGGCGAAAAGGUAGCUGUGAAAGUGUUCUUCACCACGGAGGAGGCCAGCUGGUUCCGAGAGACAGAAAUAUAUCAGACAGUGUUGAUGAGGCAUGAAAACAUUUUGGGGUUCAUUGCUGCAGAUAUCAAAGGGACAGGGUCUUGGACCCAGUUGUACCUAAUUACAGACUAUCAUGAAAACGGUUCCCUCUAUGACUAUCUGAAGUCCACCACUCUAGAUACAAAAUCAAUGCUGAAGUUAGCCUAUUCUGCUGUCAGUGGCUUAUGUCAUUUACAUACUGAAAUCUUUAGUACCCAAGGCAAACCGGCAAUCGCCCACCGAGAUCUGAAAAGUAAGAACAUCCUCGUGAAGAAAAACGGAACGUGCUGUAUAGCUGACCUGGGCCUGGCCGUCAAGUUUAUUAGUGAUACCAAUGAAGUUGACAUACCACCCAACACCCGAGUUGGCACCAAACGCUAUAUGCCCCCAGAAGUGUUGGACGAGAGCUUAAAUAGAAAUCACUUUCAGUCUUACAUUAUGGCCGACAUGUACAGUUUUGGACUCAUCCUCUGGGAGGUUGCUAGGAGAUGUGUAUCAGGAGGUAUAGUGGAAGAAUACCAGCUUCCCUAUCAUGAUCUGGUGCCCAGUGACCCCUCUUACGAGGACAUGAGAGAGAUCGUGUGCAUCAAGAAGCUACGUCCCUCAUUCCCCAACCGGUGGAGCAGUGAUGAGUGUCUGAGGCAGAUGGGAAAGCUCAUGAUGGAAUGCUGGGCUCACAAUCCUGCAUCACGACUGACCGCCCUGCGCGUCAAGAAAACACUAGCCAAAAUGUCAGAGUCCCAGGACAUUAAACUCUGAUUUGAGGGGAAAAAACAAGCACCUCUUGAGAAAGCCAGUAGAUACUCUUCUGUUUGUGGGCAGAGCAAAAGAUGUUCCAGAAGCAUCCACAGUACAAGCCUUGAACACCAUCCUGCUUCCCAGUGGGUUCAGCCUCACCUCUCAGGGAGCAGCCUGGACAAAGAGAAGUUCCCAGAAACACGUUCUUACCGUGUCUGUUUGUAGGAGGGAGAAACUGCUUGGGUAACUUGUUCAAGAUAUGACGCAUGUUGCUUUCUAAGAAAGCCCUGUAUUUUGGGAUUGCCCUUUUUUUUUUCCUUCAAAAGAUGCUUUAAUUUUGCCAAAAUAGAACAAAUAAUGUAGAUGUUUUAAGGUUUUUACUAUUAUAGUUUAAUAACAACACAAGGUCUUCCCAGAAAUUCUGCCGGAAGGCAAGUUUUAAAAUACCUUUUUCCAUUAGUAUAAUUUUGUUGCACUCUUCAAACCAAGAGACAGUCUGUGAAGUUGGAGAACACAGAGUGGAACUCCUCUGAAAAUCUCCCCGGUUCUGCCUCCUCAGACCACUUUGGCCAGCCCUGAAUUUAGGGGCCGCCACAGCAAUGUGAAUGCACCUGGGUACAGAUGCCACCUGUCUGGGACCUCGUUUGAGGGUUCCUGCAGGUGACCCUUCGUAGCUUCAGACAAUAUGGAACAAAUGAAGGUUUCAUGUGACUCUGUGAGAAGUAGUAAGUGUUGAUGCUUUUCUUUAGAACCACUUUGUGUUUCUGAUUCUUUUAAGGCGUUUCUGUCACGGUAAAAUCCUUUCCUUUUCAUUAAACACAAACAGAGCUGUUUUUAGGUGCAGAGAACUGACCCAUGCAUGUUUUUGAUCUCUCAAACGAAAGGAUCGAUAUUACAUAAAAUUGCCAUCAGUUUUGUUAUAAACAAGCCUCUUUAAAAUAGAGCUAAUUUUGCUCCUGUGUUGUAAGAAAAAUAUGUCAGUAAGGUAGAAGAUGAGGCUUGGGGGUGCAAAUGGCUUGUCUCUUACCUAUGCAGGAGAGCCCGCCUUAGAAGCACAAGGGAAAGUAUGCCUGUCUUAUUUUGUAUAUAGAUAAUGACAGUUUCUUUUUGUUAUUGUCUGUCUCUUUUGUGUCUGAGUGAAGGGAAGGAGAGAAAGCAUGUCAUAUUAAUUUAACUAAAUUUUAAUUUAAAAGUAGAAAUAUAACCUCCAGAGGGGACAGCAGAAGAGAGCAAGUGGAGGGCACAAAAUAUUAUGGCUGCUGUGAUUUAUUAUUCUAAGAUAGAUAUGGAUCGAGCAUACUCACCCUAAAUGAUAAUUUCACGUCUUAAGAGUGCUGACUCAGUUUAUUUUAUUUUCAUGACGUUCAGUUCACUUGUUAAUUAAUUUAUUUAUUUUUCUUCUCUGUGGCACUUGUGCAAAGCAUCUCCUCACCUACUCGGCUCUGUGGGGUUUGAACUUUUGAGGAACGUGAGUCAGAUCAUUGACAGGGCCAAUAGUCCUCAGCAACAGGAACAUAAAGCUUAAAAUUGUGCACACCCCUCUCGCCUGUAUCCGUCUAGGUGUCCUUACUGUGGUUUUCUUUUGUUUCUUAGAGAUUCUGCAGUGUUUAGUAAAGAAUUGGGGAAGUACUUCUUGGUCUUUUUAAACACGACGUUCCUUCCAGAAUACUCCAGGGGGCAGUGUUUUAUAACACAUUUUCACCAGUUGGUGCCUGAAGGAUGGAGGGUGUUUGAAAAUGUGACAGCUGCAUGAAAAAUGAGAAAAUAUUCUCCUCACUUCUGGAGUAGGCCUGCAGCUGGUGACUUGUUCAACCUGAAAACGUCUUAGAGCACAGAGUGGUUGUGAGCUGUGCUUACAGUUUGGGAGAACAUCAGGAGAAAGAGUGUUCUGUAGUCAGCAUUCUCUUCCCAGUGCUUUAGAGCCGCGUUUUGUGUGUAACGAAGAUUUUCUUAACCCUUGACUAGGAACAAUGUUUGUUUCUCCCAGAUUUAAAACACUCGUUUCCAAAUAGAAUUGUAAUCAGAAGGCUGCUUUUAGUGAGAUUAAAAUCACCUGAAUCGCAACCCAAAGGUUCCUUUCCCUUGGGUCUCAUUGUAUCCCCUGUGAUAGCUUGGAAGGAAUGUGUGCGUACAAUGAAGUGUGAUAAUCAUCUGAGCCUUGGAGAGAAACUUCAGUGCCUCUAAAUUAGAUAAUCUACAAACAAAUAAGCAAACAUUGAUGCCCGUUGAGUGGGGACGCAGUUGUGUUUCUUGAUUUUCCCUAAAUUUAAGCGAGGUUGGGCUUACCUCUUAGAUCAAAAUGUGUGUUAUUUUUGGUAAAUUUUUAUACAUAGGUAACUUCAAUCAAAAUACUUUGUGGGGAGGUGAUGAUUUGAAAGUAAACUAGAUUUGUAGGGGGGACUUGGUUUCAAUGAAGAAUGGGAAGAAAUUAAAACAGUAUCCAAAUUUCUUCUAUAUUAUUUGUUUAGUUGUUUGGGAAAAAUCUAUAGCUUGCUUUCUAAUCCUCAACCUGAUUUACUCACUAUGAACAUUUAAAAAUUAUUCUGGAUAUAUUUAAAAAGACCCAUUUAGUUGUUAGUGUCUUUCAGUGAGAUAGGCUUUUAUUUAUGAGUAGACUUUUCUUUGUAUCUUACCCAAACCCACCUUAUUUAGGGAAUACUAAAUUGUUCUUAAAGGGACUACCUACUCACUUCCAAAUCAUACUUUUUGAUUUUUAAAUUUUUAGUAGCUCAGAAGUGAAUUUUGUUUUUUUUGUUUUGUCUUUCAAUAGAGUAAGUGGGAACCUGAAAAUUACUGUAGUCAGUUGUUUCCUUUCAAGACUAUUUCAAAGACUAAGAUUUUCUUCUAAUCACUCCCUCCCCUCCAAGGGAAUCCUAAAAUAUUAGUUGCUAGCUAAUGUGAGUUUUGUAUGCUAAGAUGUUCAGGUUUAUAGUUUAUGUAUGUGUGUAUAUAUUAUAUAAAUAUAUAUGUAUAUAUAAAUAUUAUGUUCAGUUUGGAGUCUGGCACAACUCCAUUAUGUGGAUUAGAGAGUAAAAUAUUAUGGAUGAUAAAGUACUAAAUGAAACAUAAUAUUUAUUUAUGAAAGCAUGUAGUUGGUUAAGUCACAAGUGACAGUGCUAUGAACGUCGUGUAGGAGGAGACAGGGCUUGGCCUUGCCAGGCAGCACCGCUCACAGGCCACUAGUGACUGUUCUGUUUAUUCUUCAAACAUAGAGCUUCUUAGAAAACAUGCCAAGAUUUUGUUUCCAGGGAAUUCCUUGACACAUCUCGAUUGUUGUGUACUCAGGUACAGGAAAUACUGAAUAACGACAGAAUUUCGUGUUCCUAGAGUCAUGCAUAGUCAUUAGACGUUACGGAGGUUUACGCCGUUGGUCUGUUCUGGUUCUUCUUUGUUUGUGAGCGGGAAGGCACUGAAAGCAAUUUUUUUUUUAAACUUGAAUAGUUCUGCAGUUCUAUCUCUUUAGAAAACUCGGUCGCACAGCAGUGGAAAUGGAAGAAGUGGCAUCAGAAGUGGUUUAAUUUAGCAAUUAUGAUUCCUCUUGUAAAACAAAACAAAGAACAAUGCCAUAUUUUUUGGAGAAAAGUUGGCAAUAUAUAAGGGGUUUAGUUGUCUGUCUGUUUCAAAAGAAGAUUCAUUUGUGUUCUUUUGGGGAACCAGUGCCUUAUUGAAUUUGUAUAUACUGUAAUUAUUCAGGACUAGGGAACAAACAAUUGUAUUUGUUACAAAUUGUAUAUGGCUUUGUUUUAACAUUCCCCCCUCCCCCCACCCCCCCACUGAAAUAAAAUGGAUUCUUUAUCCCCUUGGAAAGAACA